GCUUACCUUCUCCGACGGCAAUGGAGAGAACCGUCCGGGAGUGGCCCUGACUGGGGCAGUUCUCCGUUGAAAGGCUAUCUUGUUCUCAAGACUGCGAUAUCGGCCUCCUUCUAUCAUCAUCCUCUUCCCCUACUUCAAAUCGUGAAAGGCAAGCAUGGGUUGCUCACUCAAUGUGGAAGGUGUGAGGAGAUGAUUUGAUAUGAAUCAUACUGCUCACCUGGUUCACCUAGGUGGACAGUGUAGUGUGAAAUACCCACACCAUCCGCUUCUGAACCACACUAUCUGCCCAUCUGCCUAGCAACAAUGGCUUCCAAACACGCGUGGAAAGUCGAGCUCUUGCCGUGGGACCAUCUCGAUCCCGAUCACGUGGAAAGGCUCUACGUGCAACGGGUCGCCUGUGGAUGGCGUGAAGAGGAGGUGCCACAGUACGUCGAGUCUGCGAAACAAGGCGGCAAGAUCUUCUACUGGGUGGUCUUGUCAGACAACUUGCCGGAUCGUGACGCAGUAUUACAAAGGCACUCAGAAAGAUACCCAACAGAAGCUACUCCUCUUCGAGAUUCUGCACAGUUGAUACGAGGUGUCCCUAGAGAUCCGACCGGGGCUCAAUUCUGGCCCGUUGGCCAUAUAGCUCUGGACAUCCAUACUCCAGAGGAAGAUGCCAAGCACGGCCUCCCAGGGGAAGGAGUUGUGUGGAUGCACCAACUGUACAUCUCCUACGCCCUACACGCCGGUGGCUAUGGCUCUGCAGCCGUGGCCAAAGGCGAGGAGAUUGCAGCUCAGGGGCCGAUGAAGGGCAAGAUCAUGGUGCUCGACACUAUGGCAAGCCGAACACAAUCGAAUCCCGACUUUCUGCAUGCCAUGUUUACCUCAAAGGGCAAUCCUUUACCCAAGAUUACGAAUGAGCAGUGGUAUACUCGCCUGGGAUACAAGACGUUCGGAAAGGAGCUGCUGGUGCCUCAGUGGGAGGCACGACCUGGAGUAUAUGUUGAUAUUGAUAUCGUAUUCAUGAGUAAGCCUAUAGGUCAUCUGGGCGCAUAGAAAACCUUCACACAGAAUACAGCUAUUCGUAGAAAAGAAAUUUGAGCAGCUUGGGGGUAUUCAUCUUUCCCACAAUCAAUCAUAGAAGCUGUGAGGGCCG